AUGGCUUCUAUGAACGACGCUCAUCUCAAUUCUCCUGAACAACGAAGAGAAGAUGGGUCUAAGCAUAUCAAAAGCACAAUAAAGUCGGCCAAGGAGUUUAUAGAAAGCGAUGCCUUUGCUACGAUAACGAAGGAUAAAGUCACUGUUGACGGCGAAAGAGAGAAGCUGAAUAUUAUGUGUACGACUCCUGAACGUAUGUCUCAUUCGUUAGUCUGCUCAGUUCUAUUAGUGAGAAGAAAUAUAUUAACUAAUUUAUAUUCGAAUGUCUUUAGUGUGUUCAAUGACACCGGCACAAAUUACACAUACCAUUAG